AUGGACAGCGAUUUUGACAGAUUUUACACUGAUCUCAAAGAAACCGAGAAAAACGACUCGUCGUUGACGUCCAGCCAACAAAUCGAGCGACUUUUGCGCCCAGGAAGCACCUAUUUGAAUCUGAAUCCUUUUGAGGUUCUGCAAAUCGAAUCGGAUUCGGAUGAGGAGGCGGCUAGAAAGAAAUUCAAGAAGUUGUCAUUGCUUAUCCAUCCUGACAAGAAUCCCGACGAUCGGGAACGCGCCGAUAAAGCUUUCGACAUCAUCAAGAAGGCUCUGGCUCAGAUCGAGGAUCAGUUCGAGUUGGCAAAAUGUCGAGAGUUGUACACGGAAGGGCGUGCAAGACUUGCGAUUUUGAUGAGUGAGAAGCGAAGAAAAGCUAAGAAAGACGGAAAAGAUGGACCGAUUGACGAGGAUGAUUCGGCUGCUUAUCGAAAAGCGCUAUGGGUUGUGGUGACAAAAUGUUUUGCUGACCGUGAGAAGAAACGUCGAAUGCUGGAAGAACGAGCAAAUGAAGAAAAGAAACGAAUGUCCGAAGCAGCACAAGACGCAGUUGAGAAGAGGAAAUUGGCCGAAGAGUUUGCCAAGAAUUAUGAGGAAUCUCGAGACGAUCGCCGGGGAAGCUGGAGGGAUUUCAUGGUGAAAAAGGCGAAAAAAGAAGACAAGGGAAAGACGAUUCGCGGAGAAGCUUUUAAACCACCACGACAAAAAAUUACCAAACAAGUCGUUGUUUCAUUCCUCUCUUUGCUCACCUCUCCCGCAAAAUUUUGCCCUUUCCACCGUAUCCCAGGCAUUGCCUACUCUGCGCUCUCUCCGAGAUUUUUCUUUGGUCCCCGCACGUAUAUUGGAAAGUUUUUAUAUGUUGGGGAAACUGGUGGAGUGCUUCGUUCAAUUGUACGACUUUAUCGAAAAUGCUCGUUGAUUCGUGAUUUAUCCCGUUUGGAAGGGUCGACUUCAUCAAAAGGCCAACGUAAAACUGAGCGGACAACACAAAAGAGUUUGCCGACAAUGGCGGCUAACUCUGGCGAGCGUGAGGCGGCCAACAAGUCCGAUCAACGCAAGGAUCGAGACAGUGACAGUGACGAUGAUGCGGCUGAAGAGGUGCUCGAAGAAUCGCCGGAUAAACGCUGGUCGAAACGUCGGGAACAGGUAAAACAGCGAGAUGUCCCCGGAAUUGAUUGUGCCUACUUGGCGAUGGACAAUGAGACGGGAAAUGAGGUUGUUUGGAACGAGGUGCAAUUCUCUGAGCGCAAAAAUUUUCGAGCACAAGAGGAAAAAAUCAAUGCCGUUUUCGACAAUUUGACGCAAUUGGUGCACCCGAAUCUCGUGAAAUUUCACAAGUAUUGGACUGAUGCGAAAAGUGAAAAGCCGAGGAUCAUUUUCAUCACCGAGUACAUGUCGUCCGGCUCGAUGGCGCUUUUCUUGCAGCGAACGCGGAAAUCCGGCUCACCAUUGAGUAUAAAGGCGUGGAAGAAGUGGACAACGCAGAUUUUGUCAGCGCUCAACUAUCUCCACUCAUCCGGUCCGCCAAUCAUUCACGGGAAUCUGACGUGUCACACGAUUUUCAUUCAACAAAACGGGCUCAUCAAGAUCGGCUGUGUGGCUCCCGAGGCGAUCAAUCAUCAUGUGAAGACGUGUCGGGCGGACAAUUUGCGAAAUAUGCAUUAUAUGGCGCCGGAGUUGGAGUUCUGCAAAACGGUCACUCCGGCAGCCGACAUCUACUCGUUUGGCAUCUGUGCUCUCGAAAUCGCUGCUGCUGGUGGGCUCAUCUCGGCGAAUGGAACUGUUGAGGGGACGAUUUCGGAAGAAUGCAUUCGAAAAGCCCUCAACUCCCUCGAAGACCCUUUACAAAGGGACUUGAUCGACCGCUGUCUUGCGCCGGAUCCAAACGAUCGCCCGGCCGCUCGACAACUCCUCUUUCACCCUGUACUUUUUGAGGUGCAUUCACUGAAGCUGUUGGCCGCGCACGCGAUCAUCGCCAAUCGAAUGUACGAGGACUCGAGCGUUGAGAUUUUUCGGGUGCCCGAUCCGCAAACGGUUGCUGUCACUUGUGCCGGCCGAGAGAUGGCCUAUGUGCAAUUGCCGAAUUUUCAAUUCGAUCUCGAUAAAUAUUUGGAGGAUGUGAGGAAUGGAAUUUAUCCGUUGACGGCUUUUGUUCCGUUGGAACAGCCACAACAACGACAGGGAUCCACUCGGCAUAAUGAAUCCUCUCCCGAAGUGGCUCAACACGACCCGGACGAUCGCUUGAGACAUCAAAAGCAGGGACCGUCAAAAUCUUCUGAUUACCACAAUGGCCCUGGACUCUCAUCGUCGUCGACGAGUGGCACGCAGGCGAAAGAAAGGGAAACUUCAGAGAAAGCCGGUGAUCAUCAUCAUCACCAUCAUCAUCCGGAACGGGAAAAUCAAGAUGAGAAACCCGAAGGACACGACGAAAUACCAACUGAGCCACGGGGAAUCCUUCAUAUGAAGGCCACCCUGGACGGCUCGGAGUUGACGAUUUUACUGAAACUAGAGGAUGGGAUGAAUCGGCAUUUGUCAACGGAAAUCGAAGAUGAUGAUAGUGCUGAGUGGCUGUCCACGCAACUCGUCCGAGGCGGUUUCGUUUGUGAGCAAGAUGAGGCUCGUGUCCGCCACCUUCUCGACUCGGUUCUUCACCCGCCGCCACCCGAUUCACAAGCCGGUUCUCAAUUGACGACAACUCCCGUCUCGGCUUCAAUGUCGUCU